AAAAAAUAAAAAUAAAGAAAACCUUCUAAUCAAGAGUAAUUCUCUGCAAAAAGAGGAAUGAAGGAGCCUGAGAUGAACUGAGCUCAUUGAUGGAAACAGACCUGAGCAUGGAGACACUGACGCAAAGCAACCAGACAAUGAGUCAUAGAGGAGCAACUAAUGAACCAAAACGGAUUCUAAUUAUUGCACUUCUCAUGUUGUCACUGCAGGUUAAAGCAACAUUGAGCAGAAAUCACGUUCCCUCCCUCAUUGCCAGAGUCGGGGAUGACAUCACUUUCUCUUGUGAAAAUGUGAUUAGUAAUCACAAUAAAUGUGACACGACCACCUGGAUCCACGGUAAUACUGACCUGUCAGCAGCCGUAGAGCUGGUAGAGCUCGGAGAGAGAACUGACAUCCGGUCAGACAGACUGAGUGUUUCUGAAAAUUGUUCUCUGGUUCUGAAGAAAAUCUCAGCAGAGGAUGUGGGUCGGUACACCUGCAGACAGUUUAUAGCAGGAGAACAGUCGGGUCCAGAUGCUGAGGUUCAGCUCUCUGUCGUUAGCGUGACUGAGCAUUUGGAUCGGGAAAAGAUGACGCUGACCUGCUCUGUUCUCACACAAGAACGCUGUAAACACAGAGUGAAGUGGUUGUUUAACGGCACCGAUGUGAAGCCAGAAACCAAAAUAGCAGAGGAAACAUCAACUUCCUGCUCUGCUGCUGUGACCUUUAACCCCACUCAUUAUGUUAAAACAACAUGGUCUCAUUUAUUUAAGUGUGAAAUAAAAACAGGUGCUGACAAACUGCAGCUUUUUAGCCUCAGCCCUCAUCCUCCAGGCAACAAUCCAACUCCACCAACGACACAAUCUACUCCAGCAGUAGCUGAACUGGAGAAAACGGAGAACAAAGUUCCAGCAGACUGGUGGAGGCUCCUGGUUGUGUCUGCUGGUGUAGUUGCAGUGGUAGCCGUUGUUUUGGUCAUCGUUAUACGGACAGGAACCAAAGGUGAAAUCAAACACAAUAAAUGGAGUAAGAUGCAGAUGAAUCAAAGCAAUGUACACAAUGAUGAAGAUGGAGAUGCAGAAAAUCAUGUAAACAUCAGGAUGUCUGAGGUUUACCUUACAGCUCCCUGCUUGUGUCAGAGUCACUGAUCAAAGCGAAUUUACUCAAAUU